CUGGUAUUGAAACCGUCCUCCCGGGAAAAUUGAUGCAGUAACGAAAAAAAAACAAAAAAAGAAGAAAAAAAAAACGACGAAAGACGUUUGGGAAAAAGGGUUUCUCCCGCACAACUACUCCUGGUGAUAUAGAGCUAACCAACCCCUCCCUCUCAUUUGCCUUGACGAUACCUAACCUCGCCCUUACACACAGCCACACCCUGGAAGGAGGGGCACAGGGAUGCUGUGCCUGACAAAGCACUUACGAUACGUAAGCUCACUGACCUGAAGAACCACUCGGCGUCCAUCAGACCCUCUUUCAUUUCUUUAGGUAGUACGGAUAGUCGUCCAUUGACUCAAAUCUCCGAGAUGGGUGUUUCCGAUUUGGCUAGUUCGGCCUACGGGGCCAUCAGGAAUCUCAUCGCAGGGAAGGCGCAUAAAUACAACGCCAUCCCGGGUGAGGAGGGCGAGAGGGACGAGAUUCAUGAGCAUCGGGACACCGGCAUACCAAUCUACAAACGUCGACUCUUCAUAUUCACAGUCGUCGCCAUGGCUUCUGCCAUCCUGCUCUCGUUAGCCUUGUCCUUCGGCUUUGUCCGCGGCCAGGCACCGCCCAGCGAUCUCGAACCCAUCUCGCAUUUUUGGGGCCAGCUUUCACCUUUCUUCUCGGUGCCAUCUGAGAUCAGCGCAGCCACGCCUCCCGGCUGCGAGAUCACCUUCGCACAGGUCCUGUCGCGGCACGGCGCUCGGGAUCCUACCGCCGGCAAGACGGCCAGCUACAAGGCGCUCGUCGACCGCAUCCAUGCCAACGUCACGAGCUACGGCAGAGGUUACGAGUUUAUCAAGACCUACGAGUACACUCUUGGCGCCGACCAGCUCACAUCUUUCGGCCAGAAGGAGCUUGUCGACUCGGGCGUGGCAUUCUACAAACGCUACCAAGCGCUCGCCGCCGUGAACGACCCCUUCAUUCGAUCUUCCGGCCAGGAGCGCGUGGUCGAAUCUGGCCUGAACUGGACGCAAGGUUUCUACGGCUCCAAAAUUGCCGAUGGCCACGAGGUGGGCGGCGGCGGCAUCAAGGAAGCCAUGACCAUCAUUUCCGAGGCCGAGGGCUCCAACAACACGCUGGACCACGGCCUCUGCACAGCCUUUGAGGAUGGCGCAUACUCCAACGUCGGCAACGAUGCGCAGGCCCCGUGGCGUGACAUCUUCACACCCCCGAUCACGGCUCGGCUUAACGAGAACCUGGCCGGCGCGAACCUGACGGCGGCGGACACCAUCAACUUCAUGCAGCUGUGCCCGUUCAACACGGUGGUGGAGGGCACGCAGUCGCAGUUCUGCGAUCUCUUCACGCUGGAGGAGUGGAAGAGCCUCGAGUACUACGAGACGCUGGGCAAGUACUACGGCUUCAACGCGGGCAACCCGCUCGGACCGACGCAGGGUGUGGGCUUCACCAACGAGCUCAUUGCGCGCCUGAUGCGGCAGCCCGUGGUGGAUCACACGUCGACCAACUCGACGCUCGACACGGACCCGGCGACGUUCCCCCUCGACAAGAAGCUGUACGCCGACUUCAGCCACGACAACGACAUGAUGGGCAUUUACGGCGCUCUGGGCUUGUACAACGAGACGAAGCCGCUGUCCAAGACGGAGCGGACGUCUGUGUCGGAGACCAAGGGGUUCACGGCGAGCUGGACGGUGCCGUUCGCGGCGCGCAUGUACGUGGAGAAGAUGAAAUGCGACGGUACGGACGAGGAGAUGGUCCGGGUGCUGGUCAACGACCGGGUGGUGCCGCUGGUCGGGUGCGGCGCCGACGAGCUUGGGCGGUGCCAGCUCGGCUCGUUUGUGGAGAGCCUGGGGUUCGCGAGGAGCGGAGGGCUCUGGGACCAGUGCUUCGUAUGAUACCCACAUUAGGUUUGCUUUCAUUUUCGGCUAGACUAGCUAGAUCUAGAGGGAGGCGGAAUGAUGGAUGGUAUCUCGUCCCUCCUCCCCCCUCAAUAGAGUUGAGAGGAUAUGACUUUGUGUGUUGGCGAUAGGUUGGGAACAAAACGUAUCGAGUGUCAAUGUUAAGUGUCGGGGGUUUAUCUUUCGGGUGGCACCAAAGUUUCAGUUGACAGGCCCAGGAGUCCGGGUCUGGUAGACGGAAGCG